AUGUCCUCCAAGGCCCCCGAAAAAGAAAAGGACAAGGACAAGUCCAAGGUGCACCGCCUGUCACUCAAGGGAAGCGCAAAGCUCGUUGCCGAGUUUUUUCAAUACUCGAUCCACACCAUUCUUUUCCAGCGAGGCGUCUACCCAGCCGAAGACUUCACCACAGUGAAAAAGUAUGGCCUAAACAUGCUCGUCUCGGCCGACGACCAGGUCCGCGCAUACAUCAAGAAGAUCAUGUCCCAGCUCGACAAGUGGAUGGUGGGCGGCAAGAUCUCCAAGCUGGUCAUCGUCAUCACCGACAAGGACACUGGCGAGCACGUCGAGAGGUGGCAGUUUGACGUCCAAAUAUUCUCAAAAGCCGCCCAAGCCAAAUCCAAAUCCCAACCUGCCUCCUCCUCCCCCGACGAUAACCAAUCCGCAAACGAGAACGUUGGCGCCGCCUCAAACAUCGCCUCAACUCCCACACCCCCACGCGACAAGACCGAAACCGAGAUCCAAGCCGAGAUCGCCGCCAUCUUCCGCCAAAUCACCGCUUCCGUCACCUUCCUGCCCCAGCUCAGCGGCGACUGCACCUUCAACGUGCUAGUGUACGCCGACGCCGACAGCGACGUGCCGGUUGAGUGGGGUGAUAGCGACGCCAAGGAGAUUGUCAACGGUGAACGUGUCCAGCUGAGGGGGUUCAGCACGACGAAUCAUCGGGUUGAUACGCUUGUUAGCUAUCGUCUUGCGGAUUAA